AUGGGUCAAUUUAAAAAAGAGAAAGCAAGAGUUGCCCGAUCGAGGGAUGCUGGCGAUGAUCGUGCCACCAACAUUCGAGUCAAGGGUGAAAACUUUUACCGAGAUGCCAAAAAGUUGAAGUACAUCAACAUGCUCAAGAGUGGUAAACCCGUUCGCAAUGCUGCUGGUAAAAUCAUCAAGGCUGCCGAUUUCCAAAGCACUGAAGUCAAUACGGCGCGUGUUGCUCCCAAUCGCAAAUGGUUUGGCAACACUCGAGUCAUUGGACAAAAGGCUUUGGAAGAUUUCCGAGAAUCGCUCGGUGCAAAGAUUCACGAUCCUUAUCAGAUUCUUUUGAAGCAAAACAAACUGCCAAUGUCGUUGUUGCAAGAUCCUACCAAGCAAGGUCGUAUGCAUAUUUUGGAAACGGAAUCAUUCUCGACCACGUUUGGCUCAAAGUCGCAACGCAAGAAGCCUAAGCUUGCUAUUGGAUCCAUGGAAGAACUCAUGUCACGAGUAGACGAAACACAAGAUAACUACGUCUCCAGCAAAGAUACUAGUUUAUUGGCCAACAAAGAAAAGGAUUUUGUCGACGAAGCGCGUGGAUGGUACUUGCAAGCCGGCCAAUCGAAACGUAUUUGGAAUGAAUUGUACAAGGUCAUUGAUUCAUCUGAUGUCAUUAUCCACGUACUCGACGCCCGUGAUCCCUUGGGCACCCGUUGUCGCAAGAUUGAGAAUUUUAUUCGCAAAGAGAAGCCACACAAGCAUCUUUUGUUUGUUCUCAACAAGUGUGAUUUAAUUCCUCCAUGGGCUACUGCCAAAUGGGUUGCUACGCUAUCCAAAGAUUACCCCACACUCGCCUUCCACGCUUCGAUCAACAACUCAUUCGGCAAAGGCUCGUUGAUUCAGCUUUUGCGACAAUUCUCAAGCCUACAUACCGACAAGAAACAGAUCCAGGUUGGAUUCAUCGGCUACCCCAACACUGGCAAAUCGUCCAUUAUCAACACAUUGAAAGCAAAGAAGGUGUGCACUGUCGCUCCUAUUCCUGGUGAAACCAAGGUCUGGCAAUACAUUACCUUGAUGAAACGUAUCUAUUUGAUCGAUUGUCCUGGUGUCGUUCCUCCCAACCCUGACGAUAACGAAACCGAUAUCAUUUUGAAGGGAUCUGUCCGUGUAGAGAACGUACCUACUCCUGAAGACAAUAUACCGACCAUUAUGGAACGUGUACGAAAAGAAUAUAUUCAACGCACGUACGAUAUCAAGGAAUGGAACGAUGCUACCGAUUUCUUGGAAAAAUUGGCUCGCAAGACUGGUAAAUUGCAAAAGAAGGGAGAGCCCGAUUUCCACAAUACGGCCAUGAUGGUGUUGAACGAUUGGCUCCGUGGUCGAUUGCCCUACUAUGUUCCUCCUCCUGAAGCUGAACUGCCACGCACUGCCAAAGACGGAGGAAAAGAAGAAGAAGCCGUCCAGCAGCAGCAGCAGCAGCAAGAAUCCGAAGAGCAGGAACAGGAAAAGAAUAACAAGAAGGUUCAUGUUGAUCAGAUCUUUAAGAAUAUCCAUGUCUCUGUCAAUUACAUGGAAGAUGACAUGAAGAAGGAAGAGAUUGUUCAACCAGCAUCUGCUCAACAAGAAGAACAGCAGCCCGCUGAGGAACCAGAACAAAAGGGCGACGAAGAACCUACUGAUUGGGACGAGAUCUUUGAAAGUGUUGUUGGUGAAGAAGGUCCUGUCGCCAAGGCUCCUGUCAUUGAAGGCGAAGAAGGAGAGGAAGAACAAGUUGAUAGCGAACUUGAAAUGAGUGAUAUGGGCGAAGAAAUGCCUAGCGAUAACGAAGAUGAAGAAGAGGAGGCACCACGGAAGAAGACUAAAGAAGACAAAUCAUCGGCAGCUGCAUCAUCAUCCAAGAAGAAGAAGGUGGGUGUUCAUUAUUAUGAAACUGCCAACAUCAAGAACCGUAACCGUAAUAAGGUCAAGCCCGAUGAAGAGACAAAGAAAGUCAUGAAGAGUCGAUUGAAGGGAUCUGCGCAGGCAGGACUCAAGCGCAAGAGACGAUAG